GCCACACACCCACACACACACACACACACACACACAGACACACACAGGAAGGUCAGGACAGAUGGCGGAUUCUCUGAGAACAUCUGAACCCGUUAACUUUGUUCAUCAGGAUGAAAUCUGGAAAGCACACGUUAAAAUGGAGAAGGAUGCAGCGAACAUCUGGCCUAAUAAGUGGGGCUUCCUGACCGAGGCCUACAAAGAGUAUGAGAGAGAAAGUUUUAAACUGAAGGAAGAGGCCAGAGAGGAGCUUCCAUGUCAGCUGACCUCACCUGAGACCACAGCAGAUAAACACCACCAGGUCGGCCCGUCUCCUCCAGUCCCUCAGACCACUCAGGCCCUGAUUGGCUGGCGUUCAGCUCAGCCUCAUCUCCAACUAGAGAAAUAUGGUGUGGUGCAUCAUGGGAGGCGUAGUUUUCUGAAGGAGCUUGGAUGGCCGCUCAAUGCUUGCAUCUGAUGUGACACCUCGGUGUUUUAAAGUGUCACCUGAAGUUUAUUUCUUUACUCUGAAGAUGUGGUGGAGUGAUUUUGUAAAGUUCAUGCCUGUUUAGUUUCUCUCUGACUUCAUGAUUCUGUCAUGACUUACAAAUGAAAAUGUGAUGUGUUCCUAGCAUUUGUCCAGGUCAUGCUCCACUGUAAAAUCAUGUAACAAUUUAUUAAAAUGUUGAUGCAAUUUCA